AUGUUUCUUACCCCCCAGAGAAGAUAUCCUCGCGACCCGAGCAAGUUUCCCACCUCGCAGCUCUUUGUGCUUGCACUUUGCCGAGUUGCCGAGCCCAUUGCUCUCACCUCCAUCUUCCCCUACGCCUGGAAGCUGGUCCUGCACUACAAGGCCACCGACGAGAACAAUGCAGCCUUCUACUCGGGCAUCCUCAUCUCGGCCUUCGCCCUGGCCGAGGCCCUCACCGGCAUGUACUGGGGCGGCCUGAGUGACCGCAUCGGCCGCAAGCCCGUCCUCCUGCUGGGCUGCGCUGGCACCCUCCUCUCGCUCCUGAUCGUCGGUUUCGCCCAGAGCUUCUGGGUCGCAUUGGCCGGCCGCGCCCUCGGUGGCAUCCUCAACGGCAACAUCGGCGUCAUCCAGACCAUGGUCGGUGAGAUCGUUCAUAAGCCGGAACACGAGCCGCGCGCAUAUGCCGUCAUGCCCUUCGUGUGGUCCGUGGGAACAAUCGUUGGCCCCUCCAUUGGCGGAUACUUCGCCGAACCCUCGAAAAACUUCCCUGCUCUUUUCCCGCCGGGCUCCCUCUUCGACAGGUUCCCUUAUCUCCUGCCAAACCUGAUCUGCGCUCUCAUGCUGCUCGGAUCAAUUCUUGCUGGCUAUCUUUUCUUGGAGGAGACCCACCCGGACAUGCAGCCCUGGAGCACUGCCGAGGACCUGCAAGAGUCUCAUGCAGAGACGCCUCUCAUGCCCACUGCUGGUGCCACAGCCCACGCAGCUGCCAACCUGGCGACCGAGUCCUACGGCACUUUCGACGAUGUCGAUGUCCAACACGAGGAAACGUGGACCAUCAGGGCCGAUGGCAAGGAGGUUUCGGCUUCCUUCUCUGUCUUCUCCAAGAACAUCAUGAUGCUCGUCAUUGCUCUCGGUAUCUUCACCUACCACAGCAUGACGUAUGAUGUCCUCCUUCCCAUCUUCCUGCAAGAUCAUCGUGCGCACCACAUCAAGAACCUUGCCGUGCCGCUUGCCGGUGGCCUGGGCAUGACGAUUCAACAAGUCGGUCUGAUCCUCAGCAUCAACGGCAUCAUCGCCCUGGUUAUCCAAGCCGUCGUUUUCCCUCUGAUGGCUGCCUGGAUGGGUGUCUGGCGUCUUUUUGUCGUUGUCACGGUCGGCCACCCCAUCGCCUACUUCAUCGUGCCGUACCUGGUCAUUCUGCCCGAGGAUAUGCUCUACCCGGCCAUCUACGCCUGUCUCACCGUGCGCAACUUCUUCUCGAUUGUGGCAUAUCCGCUCCUCCUCAUCCUCAUCAAGGAAGCUUCGCCGUCGCCUUCGACGCUGGGCAAGAUCAACGGGCUGGCUGCAAGCACUGGCGCCGCAUGCCGCACGCUCGCCUCUCCGAUCGCUGGGCUGCUGUACGGCAUGGGCGCUCACGAUGGCUUCACCGCUCUGCCCUGGUGGGUCAGCGCGCUGGUCGCGCUCGCCGCCGCGGCGCAGAUUCCGUUCAUCAAGCGCGAGCACAAGCGCGAGACGCACGUCAACCCGGUUGCGAAGUGCCGCUUGAUGCCUGCCGAGAAUGAGGACUGGAAGCAUGAUGUUGUUCGCAUCACCGUCGAAGAGGAAGUUUGA